GAGACUGGGCUUACGAUUGAACCUGGGAUCGGUGACCCUCGCAAUUGAAAUUUCUGGCGGCUUGAAGGAUGUCAUUGUCGCUUGCAAGAGGGGAAAUCGGCACAGAGGGAUGAAAAUACAAUAAUCAAAGCCCGGAAAGAGGAAGAAAGUUCUAGAGUGAGAUAGAGAAUGGUGCUAUGGGAGAUUACAUUGGCAACUGCGUACUUCUUGGGGAUUCAACGGACUUACAAACUCGCUUUGAGGAUCCAACGCCGCGUUAUAACCCCUAAACACCCCAAGACCCGUCAGUUUGUUCAAAGGCGCAUACGUGCGAUUUUUGAUGUAGCUGUUAGUGUUCACCAGAACAUACAACAGAGAGACAUAGAGGUUGGCCGAAAUCUCGGUAAUUGGAUUCUGCGAUGGCUUGACCGAAUGAAACCAUCUGCUGAGAUCCGUGGUCCUAUGAAAGCCAUUGAUGGAAACUGGAAUGUAACCAUGACAAAGCAGGCAACAAACCCCUUACAGGUGAAAAGUAAUGGGGGCAGCCAAACAUCUAGCAAAGGCAACUCUGGUAGGCAUCUAUUUGCAUCAUCGGCCAAUCUGUUUGCUAAACCCUUUCCUACCAUUUCAAUGAUGAUUAGACGUCCAUGGCCUGCCGGAAAUAUGAACCAUUUUCGGCACUUCUCCGCAUGGGAACCUGACAUGCUGAAGUCAAACUAUGGAAGACAAGGAUCUGAGGGAGUUUUCCGCGAGGACAUAAUGCAGUGGAUGCUGCGGAAUUGAUAGUACCUGUUCCUAUUUCUGGUGGAGAAUUACUGGACUCAGAAUGAAACCAUGGAAAGAUGGUAUGGGAUAAGACUUUAAGGAUGUUUCAAAAACUGAUGGCGGAAAGUUUUGAAUUCCUUUCGCGUUUCUUUCUUCCUAAAAUAAUGAUUUAUGCAGCAGUUUCUUUUGGGCUCUGUAUAUCGUUUUCUACUCAUCUUGGGAGGAUUUUUCAGAAGACAGUAGUUUUUCAAUGUUGCAGGCUAACAAAGUUGGCAGGUUAUGUACUGUCGAUCAUUCAGGGGAGUUAUGGCAUUUCACAAGCGAGAUCAAUUAUUUGUUUUGAUAUUGUGUAACCAUUACUUCCUAACGUUUAUGACAAUGAAAUAUUCCGCUCUCUUAUGGCCUGUC